GCUUAGUGCUGUAGAAUUCAAUAAAAUGAGAUUUGUUUUUAUGCCUUGGUUUUAGAAUCUUUGUAAAUAAUAAUAGCAAAAACAGCUCUCUUAGGUAAAUGUACAAAAGAUAUGCUUUCUAGGUCAGAAAAUUAUCUUCUAAUAGUAUUUUGACAUGUUUUUCUCCCCUAGCCUAAUCCUAAAAUGCCAAAAGUGGAAUGAGAGGUAUCACACUCUUAUCCCCAGAUGCAUAAAUAACACUUCUGGAAAACCAGAAGCGCCAGAGGCUGGAGAAACCUCAAUCUUUUUGAGAUAGUCAAGCAUUGGACACUUUUCCACCAUGCUGAUGACAUUUUGAGUAUAUUUGUCAAUUUUCCCAAAUUUUAACUGAAGAAAACCUUGAGAAUUUAUACUUGAGGACUAAAGUGUGACCACCGAUUAUCAGGCUUUCAGGAUGAAUCUGGAAAAACUCAGCAAGCCUGAACUCCUAACACUAUUCAGUAUUCUUGAAGGAGAGCUUGAAGCAAGGGACCUUGUGAUAGAGGCUUUAAAGGCCCAACACAGAGAUACUUUCAUUGAAGAACGCUAUGGAAAAUACAACAUCAGUGAUCCUUUAAUGGCCCUGCAGAGAGACUUUGAAACACUGAAGGAGAAAAAUGAAGGCGAGAAGCAGCCGGUCUGCACAAACCCACUCUCUGUUCUUAAGGUGGUGAUGAAGCAAUGCAAGAACAUGCAGGAACGCAUGCUAUCCCAGCUGGCCGCGGCCGAGAGCAGGCACCGGAAGGUGAUCCUAGACCUUGAGGAAGAAAGGCAGAGGCACGCACAGGACACAGCUGAAGGAGAUGAUGUCACCUACAUGCUGGAGAAGGAGAGAGAGCGGCUGACCCAGCAGCUGGAAUUUGAGAAGUCCCAAGUGAAAAAGUUUGAGAAGGAACAGAAGAAGCUGUCCAGUCAGCUGGAGGAGGAGCGCUCCCGCCACAAGCAGCUCUCGUCCGUGCUGGUGCUCGAGUGCAAGAAAGCCACCAGCAAGGCAGCCGAGGAGGGGCAGAGGGCGGGAGAGCUGAGCCGGAAACUGGAGAAGGAGAAGAGCCGGGUGAGCCAGCUGGAGGAAGAGCUGGCCGCGGAGCGGAAGCGAGGCUUGCAGACAGAAGCCCAGGUGGAGAAGCAGCUGUCUGAGUUCGACAUCGAAAGAGAGCAGCUGAGGGCAAAACUGAACCGAGAAGAGAACCGGACCAGAACUCUAAAAGAAGAGAUGGAAAGUUUGAAGAAGAUCGUGAAGGAUCUGGAGGCUUCUCACCAGCAUAGUAGCCCUACUGAGCAAUCCAAGAAACCGGUAACCGUAUCUAAGGGCACAGCGACUGAGUCUCCUGUGCUGGUGUCUGUAUUUUGCCAAACGGAAGGUUUCCAGGCAGAAAGAACCCACGGGAGCAACGUAGCCAAGGUGCUGACCACUGGGCUGCCUGGCCCCACCACUCCUACUUACUCUUAUGCAAAAACCAAUGGCCAUUUGGAGCACGAGAUACAAACUGCCAAGGAGUCGGUUACAGGCAGCAGUGUGGAAAACCAAGUGCCCCCACGAGAGAGGUCUGUGGGGUUGGCCCAAGAGAAAGCAGUGGAGAAUGGCGGGUGUCCUGUGGGAAUUGAGACUCCUGUCCCAGCACCUGGUCACCUCCCGUCCAGCGGGGGCUCGCUGUCUCCCAGCAGCACCGCCUCCUCCUCUCUCACAUCCUCUCCUUGUUCCUCCCCAGUGCUAACUAAGCGCUUGUUGGGGUCCUCAGCCAGCAGCCCCGGCUACCAGUCAUCCUACCAAGUAGGGAUCAACCAGCGGUUCCAUGCAGCGCGGCACAAAUUUCAGUCCCAAGCAGAUCAGGACCAACAGGCCAGUGGUCUGCAGAGCCCUCCAUCCAGGGACCUGUCUCCCACGCUCAUAGACAACUCUGCCGCCAAGCAGCAGGCCCGCAACACAGUCACUCAGGUGCUCUCCAGGUUCACUAGCCAGCAAGGGCCGAUCAAGCCCGUCUCCCCCAACAGCUCUCCCUUUGGCACAGACUAUCGGAAUCUGGCCAGCACUGCCACCUCGAGAGGGGACACCAGCCAUUCCCCUACUCCAGGGAAAGUGUCCAGUCCACUGAGCCCUCUGUCUCCAGGGAUCAAGUCCCCCACCAUCCCCAGAGCUGAGAGAGGACACCCGCCUCCCAUCCCACCCAAAAAACCGGGCCUCACUCCCUCUCCAUCCACUACCACUCCAUUGACCAAAACCCCUUCCCAGGCCUCCUCCUUGGCCGCCGCAGAAGACCUAGCCGGCAGCUGCUGUUCAAAUGCUGUUGUGGCUAACGGCAAGGACGUCGAGAUCCUUCUGCCUACCAGCAGCUAGUCCCUAGCGGGAGGCUCCACGUCUGACAUUCCACCAGAUUUCGUCCAAGAGCUCAGAGUCAAACCGUUGAGUCAGAUCAUGUUAUUUAUUUUGAUAGUAGCUGAAACCAUCUGUAUAAUACAUUUAGUGUGUUUCACCUUUUUGUAUUUUUUUAAGUAGAAACCGAGUAGUUUGGAUUUGUAUGACUCACACCUUUGUACUAACGCGGGAAGGGCACCUCAAAGACAUCUCCAGCUCGGCAGUCACCGACCUGUUGUGAUGGAGAAAGCUAAUUGAGUACCAGGUGGUGAUUUGCUAUUUUGGGACUAGAAUCGCUCAACACUCAUUUUGAAUUAUGCAGAAAGUGGUUCGUGUAAAUUUUUAUUCCAGAUGAACGUGUUUAAAAAGUGCCUGAAAUAAGACUGCCAUAUGAAUGUGAUUCUGCAGCAAAAACACAAAAUGGAUCAUCUAAUUGCAGAAAAUGAGAUCCUCCGUGAAUCCUGAAUGUUAAAAACCAACACUGCUUUUAAUCCUCUUUUGCUGUUUUUAAUAUAAGCUCUGUGUCCAGAAACAAGGCUGCAUCAGUAGGAUGGGAAUCCUGAAGGUGGUUGUGGACUCCCCACAAAGCUGAGCUUUAUAGAGCCCUUGAGAAACCCUCCUGAGCAGUAAGCAGCUGGGGUGCCGAUUUUCUUGUACUUCUGAAAAAUUAAGUCACUCCCAGUUUCCUGCAUAAAUUCUUGAAUGGAAUGAAAUCACAUCUCCUUUCAAAAAAUGUCUUCGGGCAUCUACUGUUGUGUAAGGAACUUCUGAUUCCAGUCGCUAUUACUUGAAUAGAAAAUGGCUACUCAUUCUGUAUAAGUUUUUCAACAGAAUGAGAUCUUUAUUCUGUAAUCAAAAAGCAAUAACUGAAAAGUCACUCUCUUUGUAAUAUUAUAAGUCAGAAUUAUACAGGUUUUACCAAUA